ACAGACAUAUAAUAUCGUCAAAAACUCGUCUUCUCCUAGGUAACGUCCUUGUCUCUCUUUCACUCUCCAACAAUGGCUCCACUAGGCUUCUUGAGCCGCUUUGUGCUGCCGCUCUCGGGCUUCGUCUUCACCUGUGUCCUCGCUGUAGCGCUCCAGAUCUUCGUGUUUUCGCCAAUAUCUCCUGACUUGCUCCAUUUACCGGAACCAUCGUCCCUAACUUCUCUUCCCACAAACACCCGCUUGCAGGGCGUGGCCAAACUUGGAGAGGGCUUGGUGAAAAAUUCAGAAGACGUUUGGUUGGACGAAAAUGGCGUGCUUUACACUGCGAAUAAAGAUGGUUGGAUUAGGAGGCUGCAUCGAGAUGGGUCCUGGGAAAACUGGACCAUGUUGAACAGCCGGACACUUCUGGGGAUCGCAGCGACCAGGAGAGGUGGCAUCAUUGUGUGCGAUACUGAGAAGGGUCUGCUCUGGGUCGAUAAGGAUGGUCAAGCGAAUGUCCUUUUAUCACAAGUCAAUGGAUCUGAAUUAAGAUUUGCGGAUGACGUCAUUGAAGCAUCGGAUGGGAGUCUAUAUUUCAGCAUAGCCAGCACCAGGUUUGAUGACCGCAGUUGGUACUUGGACGUCCUCGAGGCGAAACCCCAUGGCCAGCUUCUCAAAUUCGACCCUUCAUCGUCACAAACUUCGAUUGUUCUUGAUGACUUGGGCUUCGCAAAUGGCGUCGCUCUCUCUAGGGAUGGAGAUUUUCUCAUUGUAUGCGAAACUUGGAAGUUUAGGUGUUUGAAACAUUGGCUAAAGGGAGAUGAAGCUGGGAAAACGGAGAUUUUCAUUGACAAUCUUCCUGGCGGACCUGAAAACAUCAAUCUUGCACCGGACGGAUCUUUUUGGAUUGCCCUAGUGCAGUUGACAUCUGAAGGGUGGGAGUUCGUGCACGCCUCCAAGGCAGCCAAGCACUUGAUAGCAACAUACCCAAGUUUGAUCAAGAAAGUGAAUGGAGUGUACGGAAAAGCGAGUGUUUUGCAUGUGGGAGCUGAUGGCAAGAUAAUCAAGAAGCUUGACGAUCCUGACGGGAAAGUCAUCUCGUUCGUUACCUCAGCAUUUGAGUUCGAGGGUCAUCUUUACCUGGGAAGUCUCAACUCCAACUUCAUUGGAAAAUUACCCCUCAUCUGAUGAUGUUGCCUAAUGUAAUUCUCACUCAAACUGGUAUUCAAGUUAUACCAAUUCGCAAAUCUUGGUAGAGGGAGUAUUUCAGAUGGGAGGUAGUUGAGCUUUUACAUGUAUUAUAGCAUCAUUUGCUUCACCGGUUCUGAACUGCGAAAGUUCGAUGGUUCCAGGAGGCGGAUUUCAUAACAAUUUCUUAGAACUGCAGUGA